UGAUAUUGGCAAUUCUUGUUGCACAGUUUUUUUUUUCCCCCGAAAAUUUGAAUUUUCACGUCUGCUUGUAUUUAGUUCACUACUUUAUUGGGGCAUCUUCAACAUGGAGCAAAAGGGGGUGGGAAACAGGAGAGGAAGGAAGAGAAUCUCUGUGACUUCCCUAUGCAUUGUAAAUCUCUGUAUGAUUUGGUUUAUCCCCUCUGUCAAUGCCCAAACCUCUUCAAAUGGUGAAAAUUUUCCUCUGAUGAACUUGGGAAGAGUUCAUGUGCAGCAUGGCGAUUCCCACAUAGUGCCCCAAAUACACACUCUUUCUCUUCAGAACCCCAAUAGUGGAACAAUAGCAGAUCUAAGAUCAUGGAGGAGUCGAUAUGUCUUGCAUCACCAUCGCCACCUACGAACUGUCCAUGGAACUGUAAACAUCAUCGGAUGGGGAAUGCUGUUGCCCAUUGGAGUGAUUAUCGCGAGGUACUACAAGAAACUGCCAUUGCAGUACAAUGAAUGGUAUUCUCUGCACAUUCUCUGUCAAGUCUCAGGAUUCCUAAUGGGCACAAUUGGAUGGGGACUUGGUCUGUCUCUCAGGCAUAUGAACAAACAUCACGCCAUGAGUACACAUGGGAUUCUUGGUACCAUUAUAUUCACCUUCGCAACAAUCCAAGUACUGGCCAUUUGUUUGCAGCCAAGGGAAGAACACAAAUGCCGAAAAUUCUGGGUGAUAUAUCAUCAGCUUCUGGGAUAUGCUUUGAUUGUUCUGAUUGUAGCUAAUAUAUUUGAAGGGAUAGACAACCAAAGUCCUGCUAAAAAAUGGAAAUUGUCUUAUGUUGCUAUUCUUGGAGUUUUGGCCUUGAUUGCUCUGGCAUUGGAACUUCUCAGAUGGAUGAUAUUCCAUCAUAGUGCUGCACCAACCAGUGCCAUUGAGUAGACAUUCUUCUCCAUGAAUUCAUGUAUUUCUUCUUCCAGUAAUUUUUGUUUUUGUCACACUUUAUAUUUUAAUAAGAG